UUACUGUAAAUAAAUACAAAAUAUAAUAUACUGGCUGUUAUUAAUAGACAGUAGUAAUAUACAUUUAUCUUUUUGGUUAUUCACAAAUCGAAUAAACAAGUAUAAAAUUCUACCAUUUCUUUAUUUGAAAAGAAAAGAUGAGCAAUCCAUGUGCAAGUAAACCAUUAACUUCUACAAAAACUCGUCUGAAUGAGCUAAUUUCUUGGAGGUUAAUCAAGAAAAACCCAUCAGGUGGAUUGAUAUGGGGUAUUUUUGGUGCAUCAUUAUUGGUCAAUAGUUAUUUUUGGGUUCAUUUUUUGAGGCGUAAAGAAUAUCAAGUUGACCACAAAAAACGCAUGUGGAAUGAACGUUUUGAAAUGCUUGAAAAUCCCGCUAAGAUGAAAUUAUAUUAUUCAUCAGAUGAAACAGUGCCAAAACCAUGUCAACCACUGAUUGAUGUUUACAAAAAAAUGCAAGAAGCAGAAUCCAGCAAAUGUAAAAUAGUUAAAGAAUGUAAAUGCGAAAUUGAUGCUGAAAAUGAAUAAAUAUAUCU